AGCAGCCGUUUUGGCCCCACGCCUCCCCUCGGCCUGGGCCUCCAGCCCCGCAGGGCCGGGCCGGACCUCCGCAGCGGGAUGCUGCCGACGUGGCUGUCGGACCUCCGCGGCGCCUCGCUGGGGCUGCUGCUGGCGUGCGCCGCGCACGCUGCUGGCUGGCGCUGCGCGCCGCUGGUGUACGGCCUCCUCGGCGUGUGCUCCGUGGGCUUCGGGUUCAGCAUCGCCUUCUACGUGCACACCACUCGAGUGGUGUUCAACCGGAAGCCGAAUCGGAGCCUCGGCGCCUACUACCAGCACUUCAUGCUGACGCGCCCGCUGGAGGCGGCGUGGAGGUUUCUGACGGCUCCGCUGCGGGUGCUCCCCGACUUCCACAUCUUGGGCGAGACGCGGACCGGCACGACCACUCUCUCGUCGUACCUCCGGGAGAUCGGCUGCAUCGGGGCCUUUUCGCCGUGGAUCGUGCCGUUCGCGAGCGACAAGGACGCCCCCCGACAGAAGCUGGCCGUCAGGUCCGCUCCUUGUCGUCAACUCCGGGGGCCAGAUCCUUGGGACGGGCUCGGCGGCCAAGCGUCGGGGGCCAGCGGGGGGCGGCCCUGCCCAUCUCCAGGACUUGGCCAUCCGUGUGGACCACUGGGUCACCAGCAGGGGUGCGAAGAGGAACGCGCUCCGCGCCUCGCGGGCUGAGCCGUACAUGUGCCCUGCUUCAGGGCAACGCGGCGGAAAGGCGCGGAGAUGUCCGCGCCUCUCGCGCAUCGCUCGGCGCGCGGCGCGCGAAGCGAGUGUGACCCAGGUGGACAGGAGGGGGCCUCGGCGGCGACUGUGCUCCAUGGGCUAGGAGUCUUUCUACUUUGCCGGCCACUACUUCGGAUUCGUGCAUCCAGCGGCGUACCGCAUGUGCUUCCCACUGAAGAUUACCAUGUGGCUCCGGCGGCUCGUGUACGGGAAGGCCUCGCCUGUCUUCGACGGGUGCGCGUCGCACCUCAACGCGCCCUGGGCCGCCAAGCUGAUCCACAGUGCGACGCCAGGGGCGGCGCUGGUCGUGCUGCUACGGCCGCCCGCGGAGCAGAACGUCUCGUGGUGGAAGCUUGAGAUGGGAGCGCAUGCCUGGGCGCGUGGCAUGGGCAUGGGCGAAGACUUCCUUGUCAAGGGCUACCCGCCGCGGUCCCUCAGGGCGGCCUUCGAGUUCUCCACCAGCGCCGAGACGGAGGA